AUGGGUAGAUCAGAUGAGAACAGCGUUGGACUAAUUGGAUCAACGAAUCUACAAGGCGGAGGAGGAAAGAUCAUGCCGGCGGGGAAUACUGGUCCGACAAGAAGACCACUCAGUGCAAUUAACAAGAACAUCAAUGAGCCUUUGUCUUACCCUUAUGCUGUUAACAACAAGAGAUCACUUUCUGAAAGGAAUGCAAUCUGUAACAAACCGCCUCCGCAUCGACCAGUUACUAGGAAGUUUGCUGCUCAAUUAGCUGUUAACAAGCCACAACUGCAGGAAGAGGAAACUAAGAAGCCAGACUCGGUUCCAAGUGAAGAAGCAGAGAGGGUUAACGAAGGAGAGGACUUUGAUGAGCCAAUGUUUGUACAACACACCCAAGCAAUGAUGGAGGAGAUUGAAAUGGAAGAUGCAGAUGAUCAAGAAGAAGAAGAAGAGCGAGUGAUCAAUAUUGACGCUUGUGAUGAGAACAAUCAUUUAGCUGUAGUUGAAUAUAUCAACGAUAUAUACGACUUCUUCAAGAAAUCUGAGGAGCUUAGUUGCGUGCCUCCUAACUACAUGGACAACCAGCAAGAUCUUAAUGAGAGGAUGAGAGGAAUCCUCAUUGACUGGUUGAUCGAGGUGCACUACAAGUUUGAACUGAUGGAGGAAACACUUUAUCUCACAAUCAAUGUCAUCGAUAGAUUCCUUGCGGUUCAUCAAAUCGUGAGGAAAAAGCUUCAGCUUGUUGGUGUAACCGCUUUGUUGCUAGCUUGCAAGUACGAGGAAGUCUCAGUUCCAGUAAUAGAUGAUCUCAUCUUGAUCUCUGAUAAGGCUUACACUAGAAGAGAAGUACUGGACAUGGAGAAGCUAAUGGCCAACACUUUGCAAUUCAAUUUCUCUUUGCCUACUCCGUAUGUGUUCAUGAGACGGUUUCUUAAAGCUGCUCAAUCUGAUAAAAAGCUUGAGGUUCUUUCGUUUUUCAUCAUCGAGCUCAGUCUCGUGGAGUAUGAGAUGCUGGAGUAUACUCCAUCUAAGCUAGCAGCCUCGGCAAUCUACACUGCUCAGUGUACACUUGAUGGAUUUGAGGAAUGGAGCAAAACAUGUGAGUUUCACACAGGCUACAAGGAAGAAGAGCUACUGGAAUGCGCAAGGAAGAUGGUUGGUUUCCAUCACAAGGCAGGAACAGGGAAGCUAACAGGAGUUCACAGGAAGUACAACACAUCAAAGUUCUCUUAUGCUGCAAGAACUGAACCAGCUGGUUUUCUACUUUAA